CGCGCGAGACCGAGCGCCAUAUUGUUUGAAGGUGUUCGCGCACGUCCUCCGUCGUACGCUCCGUCGAAGUGCGGUCUCGUGUCCCGGCGUGGUCUUCGUCGCUUCGAGGAAGUAUAUAACGAUAGCGACAAACAUUUCGCGCAAAGGCAACAUGAAGAAGACCAAGGACGUGUCGGACGAGGACGAGUAUUCGGCGGACGACCCGGAGGAGGUCGAGGGCGCCUCCGAGGAGGAGUGGACCCCCGAGCCCGGAGCCGAGGGCGGUACUAAAAUAAGACCACAGAGGGAAACAGCGAAAAAACGACAGCAUUCUGAAGAGGAAGAAGAAGAAGAGGAAGAAGAGGGUGAAUCAGAUGACGAUAUAGAAGAUGAGGACUCAGAUUCUGAUACAGGGAAGAAGCCAAAAAGGAAAAGGCGUUCUAAGAAAGAAGAUGAUGAAAAGGAUGAUGAAGACGACGAUGAUUCCGAUAACAGUUUCAAUGAAUCAUCGGGGGAAGCUCCAAAGGAUUACACAUCUGGCGCAUUUGUUGUGGCGAAAACUGAUGUCGAUGGAGUCAAUGAUCCACCUACACUAUGGAGGAUAGAUGGAAAAGCACUGUUACAAAAGUUCUUACCAUUCAAAGAAGAUGGCAAGACACUGUACAAAAGUACAUCGACAUAUUCUGGAUGGUCAGUUAAUAACAAAGACAAUUACUUAGUAGCCCACGUGACCUUCAAAGUGCAAACUAGAGCAGAGACAAUUGUUGAACUUCAUCUUUUUCAACAACAAGAAGUUGUAAAGGACGAAAAAGAAGACUAAAAAUUAGAUCGAGUUUGCUCUUAAUUUGUUUAUAUACGUUUUAAGAUACGCUAAGAGAAAAAAAAAUACAUCCACAUCUACAUGUACACAUGGGACACUACUCACAGAACAUAUUUACGAUUCACACGUACACACUGAUCCAGUUAAUGACAUGGUACUGUAGCGCAGGUUCAUACUUAAGAGAAUAAGAUUGGGUGGACCAUGGCUCUGAGUUUAUUACUGGGAGUAGCUUUAGCUAUAAUUGAUAUCUCCGACAGAUGUAUGUGUGAGCUUCAAUUACCAAUAGAGCUACUCACAAGCCUGCGUCGUACUACCGAUACGAUUUUGAGUGAAUACAAUACCCGAUAAUUUAUCUCAAAUAUUUUAUGUUAUCGACGGGAAAAAAUUAAUGUUACCUAGUAUAAUGGAUGCAUGUUGGUGUUCAUUUUUUUUUCUCUCUCCUUUUUAUGACGCCACCGUUAGUCUACUCUACGUAAUUUAAACUCUAGUUUAGAGUUGCAACAUUGGCCUUGUGACCUAUGUGGCCAAUUCGAGCACGCCCUUAGACAGAGAUAAGAACCGGAACCGCCGCUCCAAAUCUUACACUGUAGCGAAAACUAAAAAAAGUAGUAUUCGAUACGAACAAAAGUAUAAGGAUAAUUAAAUCUUAAAACGUUAA